UCGUCAUACAGUUCAAAAGUUAAUUCUGCAAACAAAAUAUCAAAAAUUCUUAAGAUGUAGAGAAAAUUUUGAACUGCGUGUCAAUAAAAUCGAAAAAACUUACACAAAAAAAAAACAUUAAAUAAUUUCUCAGAAGAAAAUUGAAACAAAAGCAAAACGUGGAAAAUGAAUCUCCAAAAAGUUCUUUUCAUCACAAGUUAUCUUGUUGGAACCGCAUUAUCAGCAACGCUUUAUGAGGGAAGUCCAUGUUUGAGACACGACAAUAUACCAGGCGUUUGCAAAGCUGCUGAAAAAUGUGAAUGGAUUCUAAAGAACAAUAUUCCGCCUGCGAUACUGGCUCGAUGUUCUUAUGACCAAGAGGUCAUUUUUAUAUGCUGCGGUGAUGAAAUGCCGGAUCGAAGUUUGAUAAAUGGCGAUUGUGAAAAAUUUGUCUUUGAUGAGGGAGUUAGAAAUUGGUGUUCAAAUGGUACAAAUAGAGAAACGUCCCCAAAACCUGUGAGAAAAGUUGGGAAACGGGCACAAGAAGAAUGUCAGAAGCUCGUAGAAGGCAAGACAGUAUUGCUGACUUAUAACAUUUUUGGCGGAGAUGUUGUGACAGCGGGAGAUUAUCCGCACAUGGCAGCUAUUGGCUUCGCAUCUGAAGAAGUAGAGAGAAAGUACAUUUUCCGCUGUGGCGGAUCCCUGAUCUCACCGAGAUUUGUUCUCACAGCUGCCCAUUGCACAAAACCAGAUAUGCCCCAGCCCGUAAUUGUACGCUUAGGAACGGUCGACUUACAAAAACCCCUCGACACGUCGAACGGCAUUACGCAAGAUAUUGGCAUCGCCAAAGUCAUUCGUCACCCGGAUUAUCGUCCGUAUCAGUUGUACAACGACAUUGCCUUGCUCAAGCUAUCCAAUUUCGCCGACAUCUCCGACAGCUAUGUCUAUCCCGUGUGUUUGAACACGAAAAAGGAUUUUCCGCUGCCAAGUAGUUCGGUCGACGUUAUUGGAUGGGGCGAGACCGAAACUGUGGGAGAUACGUCACAAUUGCUGCUAAAGGCAAACUUGACAGUAGUUGAUCCGACGGAAUGUCAAAAGAAAUACGAAUCGCAUGAUAUUCGAGGAUUGACAGGAGGCAUUGCUGAAAGUCAAUUGUGUGCAUGGGAUCCAGAUUUCAAGAGAGACAGUUGCAAAGGGGACUCUGGCGGACCGUUACAUGCUAAAAAUGAGAGAAUUGACUACGUGGUUGGACUUGUAUCGUUUGGAAAUGGAUGUGCGGCGAAAGAUCCCGCAGUUUAUACGAGAGUUUCACAUUACAUCGGCUGGAUUGAAUCUGUAGUCUGGCCUGAUUUGAAUUGAAUUUAAUAAAAAUAAUGAAUUUUUUACAACAAAUCAAGUUUUUUGACUUCUUAAGGUCAAUUAAUCAACAGAAAAUCAUCAAUUCUAAUUCAUUUUUUA